GCGGCCCGGCUACAGAUGGAGGAGCUCUUCUUCUCCUCGGUGGGGAGGUGAUUGGAUCUUUUCCCCUUUCCUUUCUCCCUUUGGUCUUCCCUUUCGCUUGCCGUUGCUGAAGAGGCCGUGCCCAUCCCCACCGCUCUUAGGAUAAGCCGGCUUCAGCAUUCUAUUCUGAAAAGAACAGGGAGAUGAGGCAGACCAGUCAAAUGAAGUCAAAAGAACAAUAAAGUGGUGGAGAACGAAGGAGACAUUGUAUCGCUGCUCUGCAGUUUGGCGGGGCACUAAGAUGUCUGUGGACAUGAACAGCCAAGGCUCUGACAGCAAUGAAGAGGACUAUGAUCCAAACUGUGAUGAGGAGGAAGAGGAUGAAGAUCCUGGGGACAUUGAGGAUUACUAUGUGGGGGUGGCAAAUGACGUGGAGCAGCAGGGAGCAGAUGCCUUCGAUCCGGAGGAAUAUCAGUUCACCUGCCUGACCUAUAAAGAGUCUGAGAGUACCUUGAAUGAGCACAUGGUCAGCUUGGCCUCUGCGUUAAAGGUCUCACAUGCAGUUGCUAAGCUUAUAUUAGUUAGCUUCCACUGGCAAAUCUCAGAAAUUUUGGAAAGGCACAAGUCCAAUUCUGUCCAAUUGCUAGUGGAAGCACGAGUUCAACCUGCCUCAUCCAAACACGCCAUGGUACAUUCCUCCCAGCACUGUGCAGUGUGUAUGCAGUUCGUCCGAAAGGAAAACUUGUUGUCUCUGACUUGUCAGCACCAGUUCUGUCGUAGCUGUUGGGAGCAGCAUUGUACAGUACUUGUCAAGGACGGAGUCGGAGUCGGCGUUUCCUGCAUGGCUCAGGACUGUCUGCUCCGGACCCCAGAGGAUUUUGUGUUUCCGUUGCUACCUAGCGAGGAGCUGAAAGAUAAAUACAGACGCUACCUCUUCAGGGAUUACAUUGAGAGCCAUUUCCAGCUGCAGCUUUGUCCUGGCGCAGACUGCCCUAUGGUCAUACAGGUACAGGAGCCCAAAGCCCGCCGAGUGCAGUGCAAUCGCUGCAAUGAAGUUUUCUGUUUCAAGUGUCGGCAGAUGUACCACGCUCCCACAGACUGUGCCACCAUCCGAAAAUGGCUCACUAAGUGUGCGGACGAUUCUGAAACAGCCAACUACAUCAGUGCUCACACUAAAGAUUGUCCCAAGUGCAAUAUCUGUAUUGAAAAGAAUGGUGGCUGCAAUCACAUGCAAUGUUCAAAAUGCAAACAUGACUUCUGCUGGAUGUGUCUAGGAGACUGGAAGACCCAUGGCAGUGAAUACUACGAAUGCAGUCGGUACAAAGAAAAUCCUGAUAUUGUAAACCAGAGUCAGCAAGCACAGGCCAGAGAGGCCCUUAAGAAGUACUUGUUCUAUUUUGAGAGGUGGGAAAACCACAAUAAGAGCUUACAGUUGGAGGCGCAGACAUACCAACGGAUUCAAGAGAAGAUACAGGAAAGGGUGAUGAAUAACCUGGGAACUUGGAUAGAUUGGCAGUACCUACAGAAUGCGGCAAAGCUACUGGCUAAGUGUCGUUACACGCUGCAGUACACAUAUCCCUAUGCCUACUACAUGGAAUCUGGUCCCAGGAAGAAAUUGUUUGAAUACCAGCAGGCUCAGCUGGAAGCAGAAAUUGAAAAUCUCUCAUGGAAGGUAGAGAGAGCAGACAGUUAUGACAGAGGGGACUUGGAGAACCAGAUGCACAUAGCUGAGCAGAGGAGGAGGACCCUGCUGAAAGACUUCCAUGACACAUAAAGAAGCAGGAGUGGCCAGGGUGCAGGGGCAAGAGCCAAGGGCCAAGCGAUGGUGGCGGGAGCAGCAGCAGAAGCAGCACAAGGAAUUGGCCACCCAUCGCCACCUCUGCCAAGAAGGGCUGAGGACAACACUUCACCCGCCCCUUGCAAGCCAGACACGAGCUAGCACCACCGCAGCAUAGUCUUCUGUUUUUCUUCUCUUUUUCUGCUUUUCGUUUUUGCCAAGCUAGAGGCUGGAGUUCCGAUUGGCACCUUUUUCCUGGGACUUCUUCCUCCCUUCCACUCUUGGGAUCGUUCUGGGAGAGAGUUGGUUCUUUUCUCUUUUUUUCUUUUCCCUGAGUGGGCUGUUAAUAGCAUUAGAUCAUUACAAACUUGCAUAAUUUUUCAACGGUUGUACAAUUAUACAAAAAUGACCCUAGAAUAACACAAACCCCCCUUUUUAAAAAAAUAAAUUGGAAUUGGAGUGUG